AUGGCCUAUGAUGCAUUUGAUGAUCAAUAUGAGGGCUGUUCUGAAGAAAUGGAGAAAAAGGCACCCCAGUUGUUAAAAGAAGAACUGGAAGCAAAUAAACAUUUGGAAGUUCAAUGGGAAGAAGCAAAGAAAAGAUGGAAGGAAAUAAAGAAUACAAUAAGCUCUUCAAGACAAUUAAAUGAUUUCCAUGGAACAGCUAUAGUUGCCUACACUGGACCCAUUUAUGAAGAAUUUAACAAAGCUGUGAGAGAAUUUCGUCAAAAUUCACAAUACUUUCAGUUCAAAGCCUUACAUUACUAUUUGACAAGAGCCAUUCAAAUCCUCCAAACUGGGGAGUGUUACACAGUUUAUAGAGGCUGUGAAACCAAGUUUUAUUACAAUGGGUUGGGAGAUAUUCUUGCUAGGUUGCAGGAUAUUUCCACAGAAGUGAUUGGCUAG